AUGGCCCCCGAAAACGGACCUGCCAUUGGGCAGUUGGCGGGGCCUGGUAAUGUUCACCUCACAAGCGAGGAGAUCAACAUUCUCAUCUACCUCUAUUUGCUCGAGUCCAACUUCAAGCACACGGCUUUCACUCUCCUAUCCGAGUCGGCGCUUCCUUCGACUGCUCUGUUCCAACAGUUCAACCCUGGGUACCCUGUCCCCCCCUCCCAACGAUCUGCUUCCAACACCUUUGGUAGCAGCCGCACCAACGGUGCUACCCGGGGGUCAGCGUCAGAAACUUUCGGUGCUCCUCAGGACAAGAUCGCUCGCGGAGAGUUGAUUCGCAAGCUGUGGAAGGCCUUGCGAUGGGAAGAGAUCGAGCGCCACACUACGACUGAACCUGACGCGUUUAUGCCAGCCUGUAACUCCCGGUUUCAGCUCCUCGUCCCACACACUUGCUCGCCUGAGGGUGAAUUGUCUGUUCCAGGGGUGUCGUCCUCGCCACCCCCCAGACGUCCAGACACCUUUCCAUGGCAUCCUGGGCCUUGCUGCAAGCGAGGGAAGCUCCUGGACGGAGCAUCGCGAUGCUCGUCCGAUGGUGUCGGUCGCCUUUUCACCCCCUCUGGACAAUUGCAAGGCAUUCUAAGCUACGGACGCGGGACCAUCAAUUCUCUCAAAUUUAACCCCUCGGGCAACUCGUUAUUGGCCGCCAAGGACGACUUCACAGUUUGCCUGUUCCUUCUCAACUUUGAUUUGCAGUCACCCAAGCAACUGAGCUUCGAGUCACACACCAAGGAAGUGAACGAUGUCGACUGGCUCGAUGACGAUGUCUUUGCGUCCGGCGGUAACGACCACACAAUCUUCAUCUAUCGAUCCAAUGACCGUCGCCCACGAUUCACCCUCAAAGGCCACUCAGAUGAUGUAACAAGGGUCAAGUGGUCGCCAGCUCGUCCUGGCGAGGGUGACCAACAACGCCUACUUGCGUCUGUCUCGGACGAUGGAUCCAUCAUGAUCUGGAAGCUUCCACAUUACCCAGCGGACCGUGGCACAGUAAGCCGUUCGCUCUCGCCGAGUAAGCAGCCCCGAGAGAAGGAGCCGUCGACGGACGAGUUUUUCCAAAUGACGGUGUUGCCAGGAUCCGAAUACUGCGUCAAUCGCCUCCAAGUGGUCAACAGCAGCACCGACAACAAGCGCAUGAAUACGGUCGAAUGGGGCCCUACGUGUAAAGAUGGCCGAAUGAUCAUCGCAGCGGGUGGCCAAGACUCAACGGUCAAAUUGUUCGAUGCGAGCUCAGGUGAAUGUCUCCACGCUCUGGCUGGCCUUGAACAUGGCACUGGCUCAAUCGCGUUCUCACCAACCUCAAGCUUGACUCGCCCCGGGGGUGUGCUCGCGGGAGGCGGAUGGAAUGGCAAGGCCAUUCUCUGGGACGUAGUGACUGGCGAAGUCCUCAAGGAGUAUGAAGUCGAAGAGGAACUGGAGCGACAAAGUACCCGUGACCGGCCGAUGAUGAUGACAAUGGCUUGGCGACACGACGGCCAACAGCUGGCUGUUGGGCUCCACAACAAGUCCCUCAUGACCGCCUAUGUGGGAUCGCUCCUGUAG